UCUCCUUCUUCACUGGAUUUAAUCUGAUUCAAUGCCUAUGAAGGUAAAAAGUUCCUCCUCCACGGCUUUGAGAGGGAUUUGUUCUGUCACUUUUGAUGCCGCGGAUUGGUCGUGCGAACCCCAUGCUGCUGAAUCCUCCAGCCGCUCUGCCAGCCCCGAAGCUGUUGAAGACGCCACUGAACAUCAGAGGGAGCCAAAGCAAAGACAAAUAGAAGGAGAAACUCAAACCAGAUUUGUCGGAGAAGAGGAUGUUUGCAUUGAACAAGAGCGGCCGAGCCCUGAUGUGGCUGACAAAACACAUCUGAUGGGAGAAAAUGAUGAUGAUGAUGAGGCUGAUCAUGUUAAAGAAGAUGAGACACAAACAGAAGCAGAUCAAAAUACACAAGAAAUCCCAUGUGGUUCUGAUCUUCAUGUGGUCGAAGAAAAGGUAGAGAACACCUUGCUCGCUCAACAACAGACCACAAAAGAAAGUGAGACCAAGCCUGACGAUCCGUCAGGAAGACCUGGAUCAGUUGUGUCCUCCUCUGAGCCGGUGGCAGCAGCUAUGGGCGUUGAAACGAGUGAAACUAUGCAUAACGAGGGUGCUGCUGAACUAGAAGACCGAGAUGCAGAUGAUGAUGUGGGGGUCAGGGCAGAAAAGUCAGAAGAGGCUGACGAGCAGGUUGAGCUGAAAUAUGAAGCAGUUGACUCUACAAAGGAGGCAACAGAGGAAGAUAAUCCAGAACAUUCCCGCUCAUCAGAACCAGAUGUGGAUUCCAGCACAACACUGAGCAAACACCGGGGGUUUACACGUAGAAAAAGGGAUAAGCGUGUACAAAAACGAGAAAGCAGAUCUCUUAGAGACCUGAAGGUACUCCAGGCUUCUAUAGUCACCCAGCUGAAGUGAUAGUGCUGUGAUAGAUUUGUGCAGUAGAUGUAGCAGAGCAAAACUCAAAGC